AUGCCUGUCCUCGGUCAUGCUGACGGUCUCUGUCACUACUAUAUCCACCCGGAUGCCGAGCCCGAGAUGGCUGCAAGCGUUAUCGUGGACUCGAAGACGGAUUACCCUGCAGCUUGCAACUCUCUCGAAUCUCUGCUGGUUAACGAAGACGCACUGAAAACCAUUUUACCUGGCGUGGCAUCAGCUCUGCUUGCCAAGGGCGUAUCAUUGCGUUGCGAUCCCACCUCAAAGGCCGCACUUUCAGAGACAUUGGACAAGCAUGAAGCAGCCAUGCUGCAAGAUGCUGGCGAAUCAGACUUUGACACAGAGUUCCUCGACUUGAUCCUCGCCAUCAAGACUAUCCCCAGAACCGAGGACCCGCUAGAGGCCGUCGAUGCCGCAGUCGAGCACAUCAACAUGCACGGCUCGCACCACACAGAUGCCAUCCUCACAUCCUCAGAACAGACCGCCGAUCGCUUCUGCAACGGCGUUGACAGUGCAUGCAAGUUCUGGAACUGCAGUACAAGAAUGUCAGAUGGUAUGCGUUUCGGCUUUGGCACUGAGGUCGGUAUCAGCACGAACAAAGUACACGCCAGAGGACCUGUUGGUUUGGAAGGCCUUUGCAUUCAUGAGUACAGAAUCAAGGGAUCUGGACAGGGUGCUGCGAUGUAUGGAGCAGGCGGUAGUAGACAGUGGAAGCACAAGAAGUUGCCGCUUUGA